AUUGUACUUCAAUUAUCCAUUUUCUUCCGCAACUUCCUCCUCCUGCUUUCCAGAGCCACCACCCAUGGCCGGGGUUCUCUCUUCCGCCGUACAUGGCAAUCCCAUAGCUCGUAUUGUCUCCGGUUCCAACCCCAACCGUCCAUUAUUUUUUCAUAGACCCUUGGCGGUUGCUGUGUCUACUACUCACCAGUCUUAUUGGAGCUCCGUAAAUGCUGACAUUGACGCCCAUCUCAACAAGUCAAUUCCCUCAAAACCACCGCUGGUUGUCUUCGAGCCCAUGCGUCAUUUGACCUUCUCCGCCCCACAAACCACCGCACCCGCCUUGUGUAUCGCCGCUUGUGAGCUCGUUGGUGGCCACCGGGACCAAGCCAUUGCUGCAGCAUCUGCUUUGCAUCUUAUGCAUGCUUCCGCUUUCACUCAUGAGAACCUCCCUUUGACGGAGAGGCCCAAGCCCACUUUUGACCAUACCUAUGGCCCCAACAUUAGACUUCUAAUGGCAGAUGGAAUGAUAGCAUUCGGGUUUGAGUUACUGGCUCGGGCCGACAACAAUUCGAAUCGGGUUUUGCGUGCAAUCAUCGAGAUCUCACGUGCCAUGGGUACACAAGGGGUGAUGGCAGGGCAAUAUAAUGAGUCACAACUUGGAGAAUCGGACGGGACGGAAGCUUUCCACGUGGGAUGGCUACAUAAUGUAUGUAGCAAAAAGGGAGGUGUAUUGCACGCGUGUGCAGGUGCGUGUGGGGCAACAUUAGGAGGUGGAAGCGAGGAGGAGAUUGAAAAAUUGAGAAGGUAUGGCUUAUAUGUGGGGACGAUACAAGGGAUCCUUAAUAGGGUAGAAAAAAAUGAGUGGUCAAUAAAAGAGGUGAAAGAGUUGAGAGUUUUGGGUCUUAGAGAAUUGAAAGAUUUCAAUCAAGAAAAGGUUAGAACAAUUUCUAGCCUCGUUGAAACCUACUUUUGAUGUAAUUAUAUUAGUCACAUGGUAUGUAAUAAAUAAUAAUUCACUCA